AUGCAUGAGAUCGUGACGCUACAACUGGGUCAGCGGGCCAACUACCUUGCGACUCAUUUCUGGAACCUCCAGGAAUCUUAUUUCACAUACAACGAUAGCGAAGAGACACCGGUUGAUCACGAUGUUCAUUUUCGACCUGGAGUCGUAAUCUACGAUCUGAAGGGUGGAUUCGGCACACUGCGAAAAUACAAUGCGCUGUAUGAGCUAAGCGAGGAGGCCGUGACUGGCCUUUGGGAUGGCCAAGAAGUUGUCCAGAAGCAAGCGCCCAUUCUGCAAAGCGAUUAUCAAAAAAGCUUAGAUCUGGGCACUCCUGCUCCCCGAUUGACUUCGGAAACUGUGCGUUAUUGGUCCGAUUACAACAGAGUCUUCUACCAUCCCCGCUCAAUCGUACAAAUGAAUGAGUAUGAGCUGAACUCUCAAAUCAUGCCGUUUGAGGACUGGAACACCGGUGGAGAGCUGUUCAAUGACCUCGACAAAGAACAUGAUCUCUUAGAUCGGGACGUGAGGCCAUUUGCAGAGGAAUGCGACCAACUGCGAGCACUGCAACUAUUCUCUGGAGCAGAUGAUGCUUGGGGCGGAUUUGCCGCACGGUAUAUCGACCGGCUUCGAGAUGAGUAUGGAAAGAAAAGUAUCUGGGUCUGGGCCAUUGAGGAUGGAACCAAGGUCCAGCGGCACCAACAAAUGAAAAAAGACAUUAACAAGGCCAACUAUUUGCAGGUUGACCGUCGCUCGCGCUGGCAAACUACAGCACUGAUGUGCUCCGCGGUCGAGACAGUGACCUUGCCGUCCCGGCUGCGGCCGUACCAUGAUUUCGAGUCAUCUCUGGCUGGAGAUGACGGGACUCACAAUAUCUAUGAGCUGCAAACCACUUUCAACCCCAGAGAGCACGGACACAAAUCACCCACCAAAGAGGAUGGAUCACCUCAGGCGGAAAUCGAGUUUGACAUUGACUUUACGUAUGGCGGUGAGAGCAGCAAGUCUGCGCAUAUUUUCAACCAGGUCCAGGUGAUGCGUGGAGACGAGCCCGAGAACGUCACAGAGUCAAUAGAACAAGACCUUGGUCACGUUCGCAGACUCAGAUUAUUCAAUUCGGAGCCCAUGCUCCAAAGCUACUAUACACCACUCCGCCUACCUAUGCUUGACAGUUUCCCCCACGGGAUGUAUCCUAAAUCCAAGUCCGGUUCUGGGGUAAGCGUUCUCGCCGCAUUGACCGCGUCGAACCGAACAGCCGAGAGAAUCAAGGCCAUUGAGACGAGCACCGCACGUAUGCUCUCAGUUGAUGAACGCGAGGCCAUGCUCAAUGGACUGGGUGAGAUAAGAGAAUCCUACGAGACUGGGUGGAGCAGUGGAUCCGAGGACGAUGAUGACUAG